CGAGCCUGUUUCCGGUCGAAGGUGUGAGAGUGACGCACUCCAUAAGCAGCGAGGACCGAUACACGCCAUUGUAUGAAUUUGUUGCUUUCGCGUCUUUUCCGUUUAAUUUUACAAAGGUUUUAGGUGCAGUUAGAUUUAACAGUCCCUUGUUAAAUCUUCGACUCCCGCUUUUAAGGACAGAUAUUUUAUUUACGAUUAAGGACAUGGCAUCAGACUCGUGGGCCCAGGCUGUCGAUGAACAAGAAGCCGCAGCGGAAUCGAUAGGUAGCUUGCAAAUAAACGAAAAAGAAGACAAACUGAAAGCUGAAGCAAACGGGGCAAAGACUGAAGGAGACGAUAAAGAGAAGACCGAGGAGGAUGAUAAAGAGGACAAGGCAGCACAGUCACUACUGAACAAGCUGAUCCGCAGUAAUCUAGUGAACACGACCAAUCAAGUUGAAGUCCUCCAGAGGGAUCCGAGCUCUCCGCUCUACUCCGUCAAGUCAUUCGAAGAGCUACGACUAAAACCCCAGCUGCUGCAAGGAGUGUAUGCCAUGGGUUUCAACAGGCCCUCCAAAAUCCAGGAGACGGCGUUGCCCAUGAUGCUUGCAGAACCUCCGCAGAAUCUGAUCGCUCAGUCUCAGUCAGGCACGGGUAAAACGGCUGCCUUCGUGCUGGCCAUGUUGAGUCACGUGGACCCCGAAAACAAGUGGCCUCAGUGUCUGUGUGUGUCCCCCACAUACGAGCUUGCCCUGCAGACGGGCAAGGUCAUCGAACAGAUGGGCAAAUUUUACCCUGAAGUCCAGCUAGUGUAUGCCAUCAGAGGAAACAAAUUGGAGCGGGGAACGAAAUUACAGGAACAGAUCGUCAUUGGCACUCCCGGGACUGUUUUGGAUUGGUGCCAAAAGCUUAAAUUCAUCGACCCCAAGAAGAUCAAGGUGUUCGUUCUGGAUGAAGCUGAUGUCAUGAUCGCCACACAGGGCCAUCAAGACCAGAGCAUUCGUAUCCAGAGGAUGCUUCCUAAAACUUGCCAGAUGCUGCUGUUCUCGGCCACAUUCGAAGACACCGUGUGGAACUUUGCGAAGAGGAUCGUUCCCGACCCCAACAUCAUUAAACUGAAGCGCGAGGAAGAAACUCUGGACACCAUCAAGCAGUACUAUGUCAUCUGCAACAGCAAGGAGGAGAAAUUCCAGGCUUUGUGCAACAUCUAUGGAGCCAUCACUAUCGCCCAGGCCAUGAUCUUCUGCCACACCAGGAAAACCGCCGGGUGGCUGGCAGGAGAGCUGUCCAGAGAAGGCCACCAGGUGGCGCUGCUCAGUGGAGAGAUGCAGGUGGAGCAGAGGGCAGCGGUCAUCGAACGUUUCCGUGAUGGCAAGGAGAAAGUUCUCGUUACCACCAACGUCUGUGCUAGAGGUAUUGAUGUGGAGCAAGUUUCAGUCGUCAUCAACUUUGAUCUGCCAGUGGACAAGGACGGAAACCCUGACAACGAGACGUAUUUGCACAGAAUCGGGCGUACUGGGCGAUUUGGCAAGAGGGGGUUGGCAAUCAACAUGGUGGACAGCAGAUUUAGCAUGAACAUCCUCAACCGCAUCCAGGAGCACUUCAAUAAGAAAAUCGAGAAGCUGGACACGGAUGAUUUGGAUGAAAUCGAGAAAAUCGCCAACUGAGCCGUCUUUUGUUCUUCUAAUAAGACUGUGCUCGUGCUACGUUUUAAUUCAGAGGCUGGAAGCAGAGCUGUGCCGGAGAGGAUGUUUACAUGUGGAGCAGUUUUAUCUCAGAUGGUGUUUUUAUAGGUUUUGUUUUAAACGCAUUUUCACUCUUUGUACUUCUUAAUAAAUUUUGAAUGUCUAGUCUUAACGUCACGUGUACGAGAACGCUAGAGCAGCGGCCGGCGACAGUGGCACAAAGGAAAUGCCUUUUCAAUAUAUUCACGAUUUCAUCACGAUCCUUGUAAAUCGAACAGCCUGUCUUCACGCGAAUCACAUUUGACUGUUAUAUUGAUUUCAAACAUGGGUCUCCAAACCGAGGACUCGUCGUCUUCGUCGCGGACAGGAUUUGAGGAACAAGCUGAGUUUUCUCUAAGUGUUCAUCGCUUCGUUUUCAGUCAGGUUUAUGUGUUGUGUGAGACCUGGGUGCAGCUACAUUUGAUUCGGUGUGACGCUCCAACCUAGGAGUCAAAAUUCAGGGUUCAUUUAACAUACCGAGAGCUUGUCGUUUGUGUGUUUUUACGUUUCUACUCGAUACCUCGCGAUUUUUGCUACGGAAGGGAUGCUGGCAGUUAUUGGCUUCGACUCAAACCGUAACCGUUGCCAAAAUCCUUUUUAUUGGUGUGAAAUUAUGCAAAAGCCAAAGACUUGUGCCUCCAUUGGAUUCGCCAGUAUUUAACGCAAACGUAUCUAUUCAUCGUGUGCAAAUAUUAGCGUGUUUAAUAAGUACAAAGAGUGAAACCAUGCUAUAUUUAACAGAUGCAGUGUACAAAAAAGAAAAAGAAAGCGGCAUUCGUUGUAAGAGUGCUCUGGAGCGGAAAGCGUGUUUGUGUUCCCGGUAACAGAAUGCAUUGAAUUGGAAAGUGAUCAGGUUCACGUACACAAAUGCAACCGAAGGCUGUGCCACAUUCCCAUUUGCAGCCGCCUUAAAUGUAAAAGGCAGAUGUGAGCGCAUCCUCUACAAUCUCACUGUAUUCUUCAGGGUAGCCGUAGCGAAUUAUUCUUUUAUAUUAUGGGGUGUUUUAAUUUAACCACUCGAAACUCAACCAACAAUGCACUCGGCUCCAUUAUAUAUAUAUACACGUAUAUGCAUUAUGAUAGACAUAUUUUAUUCAUUGGUAUACGAGUAGUGAGGUUGGGGUAAAGUACGUCAGUUGCAUAUUUGAAGGGAAGACUUUUCUUGAUUAAUUACUAGAUCGAUUAAAUAUAUCUCCUGAUGCCUUGUUCGUUUUCUCAGUUUGGUUCAAGCCGUCAAUCAUAUCUGUUACAAUGACAUUAAACAGAGGGGUUUAUUUUUUGCCUUUUUUUUUCUUGCAAACAAAAUAUGAUUUUGCUAAAGGACUGUCUAAAAACCAACACUUGUUCUGAUGUUACAUCAGAUAAUAAAUGGAUUUGUAUCUGUUAUCGAACACAUUCCUGCAUAGUCAUCGUAUUUUCCUUUUUUUUUUUAAUUAGUGUUUAACCGAAACACCCAUAAUGCUUGACAAUUCAGUAAAUGUUGUUUCCGGUGCACCACAAAGCAGUGCGUGUCAUGUUCACUUCAAUGAAGAUGUUUUUUGUAACAUUCACUCUCAUUCGUUUAUGCGAAAAAUGUUUUGAGAAUUUUCUUUUUUUCUAGAAACACGCACUUACUGCUGACAAAUCAGCCUUUUGAAAUGAUUAUUAAUUUCCGUGUCUCACCUCAAUUGAAUGUUGAUGACAAAAAAGUAUGUAUCUCUUUGAAAGCGAUCCGUCGUGACAGAUUGGGUGUGUUUGGGGCGGAUCGGCGACUGUCUGGGUGUUACGGGAUGAGGAAUGCUUGCUUGCCGCGGAUCUUGAUAAAACUGUUUAACAAAUCCAGCACCUCUCAUGUCUGCUGCUUUUGUGGUGAUGUUGAUGUCUGAAUGAUGUGUGCUAGAAUAAAACUACGAAUCAAAGUA